CCCGUUGGAGUAACCGGAGGAAAAACGGCUGCCUCUCUCCUCAAAAACUCGCAAGGAAACAACGUGAAAUCACUCGGACACACUUCAAGAAACAACGACUGUGGAGGUUUAAACCCGAGCUGGACGGCAGAGAAGAGCCGUAUCGAUUAAUUUGGGCGAAUUGAUUGAUCGGCGACUGCGUGUUUUGGAAACGCACGCACACACAGUCACAGGUUGCUGACGCUAACCUAGCUAGCCGAGUUAGCUAGCUGCGGUUAGCUGUGUUUUCCUUGAACCCGGGACUUCAACCAGCCGGGACAAACUUUAAAAAAACCUGUCAGACAUUUUCCAGACAGUCUGCCGUGUGAUUCAGGCACGAUGUGGUGUUUUUUGGGGCGUUUAUCGAGUUGGCCGGCUGGUAGCAUCGGCUGACUGAAGCCUAACGUUAGUCUCAGUCGACCUGGAUUUUACUCCUCAAUGUUUUUUUCCUCCUUUUUUUCCGCUGCUGAUUUUGGCUGUUUUUUUUAAAAAGGUGGACUUUGCCCUCGGGGUGUUGUAACUCUCCCCCUUCUAUUAAAUAAAAAGCCUCUCCUGUAGGAGUAUUUCUAAACUUGGCUGGAAGUUUUUUAGGGGGGAGGUAAAAAAAAGAAAAAAGUUUGGGAAGUUGAGGAGGAUUUUUUCCGAGCCUGUGGAAAAAUGGAUGCGGGUAUAGAGAAGGAAUGCAGCGCCUUGGGAGGGCUCUUCCAGCUCAUCAUGAACGACAUGAAGGCCAGUUAUCCAACAUGGGAGGACUUUGUAACCAAAGGAGCAAAGCUACAAUCACAGCUCAGGACGACCAUCGUGGUGACCGGAGCCUUCCUGGAUGCUUUUCAGAAGGUGGCAGACAUGGCAACUGGGACCAGAGGUGCCACCAAAGAGAUCGGCUCAGCGCUAACCAGGAUGUGUAUGAGACACCGCAGCAUUGAGUCCAAACUGAAACUGUUCACCACAGCUCUCUCAGAAGGUCUUGUCACUCCGCUGGAGCUGAAGAUGGAGGAGUGGAAAAAAGUGGCCAGUCAGCUGGACAAAGACCAUGCUAAAGAGUACAAGAAAGCCAGAGCAGACAUCAAGAAGAAAUCAUCAGACACAAUCAAACUGCAGAAGAAGGUGAAGAAAGGUAAGAACAACAAACAUCUCCUUCACGGAAGGGACGAAGUGCGGGGACAGCUGGACAGCGCGCUACAGGACGUCAACGUGCGUUACGCCGUCCUGGAGGAGACGGAGAAACGAGCCGUGUGCCGAGCGCUGAUCGAAGAAAGAGCGCGCUACUGCAGCUUCGUCAGCAUGCUGAAACCUGUGCUGGACCAUGAGAUCAACAUGCUGGGUGAAGUGACCCACCUGCAGACCAUUCUGGAAGAUUUGACCAACCUGACAGCCGAGCCUCAUAAACUCCCACCGGCCAGCGAGCAGGUGAUUUUGGACCUAAAAGGUUCUGACUUCAACUACACCUAUCAGACUCCUCCAGCUUCUCCCAGUACACUGUCCAGGAAGAGCAGCAUCAGCAGUAACUACCAGUCUGGAUCAGUGAGACACGUUCCCUCCUUGGACUCUAUCAGCUGUGCUGUCGAUGGUGUACACAUCCAGCGCUGCUCCUCCCCCUAUCUGCUGAUUGGCUGUGAUGAAACCGGGCGGUCCCUCAGCGAAGGGAACUCCCCCUCUCGCCUCGGUCGUCAAGGCAGCCGUGGUCGCUACGGUUACGCUGCCGGCCAUGGCCACCAACCCGCGCUGAGCCGCCGCGUUAGCCGCAGGGAUAUGACCACCGAUGCAGUCGGCUCCACCAAUCAGCUGGUUCCUGGAGGGAGCGGAGGAGGGGCCGAGAACGGCCUGUUGGCCCCCCCACACAUCGCCUACUCACACCAUGGAGAGAGAGCCCGAGCCAUGUCUGCGUCUGGGAAGUCUUGCUCGGCCCGGGAUCAGCUGGCGUUGACGUUGGGUGCGUUGAAUUCGGACGCCCCGAGGAGCAGCAGGGACUCUCUGCACUGUUCCAGCGGCUACAGCACCCAGACCACCACCCCGUCCUGCUCUGAGGACACCAUACACACACACACUGUAAAGAGAGAUCCUCCCCUCUAUGUUGACUACGAGUCCAUCUCUCUCCAUGGAGACGCCGACUCCAUCUCCUUACAUCACCUCUCCCACGGCAACAGCCAGUCAGACUUCGACAAGUCCUCGACCAUCCCGAGGAACUCCGACCUCAGUUUCCAGUACAGGAAGUUUGCUCAGUCCAAGCGUCCCGCCUCUACCGUCAGCCUGCUGGCUGAGCCCGAAUUGACCGGCAGGUCCGCCCGCCAGCUGCCGUCCCACACGGCAACCAUCCGACGCAAACCGUCGUCCAAGCCCCAGUAUCGCCGGGGCACGAUCAGCGGGGGGGUUCCCAUCCCCAUCAGCACCCCGCAGGUUCCCCUCAAGGCGCUGGCAGGAAACGGCGGCAGCGAUGAGAAUGUUUUCACGGCGCCCUCUGCAGGAGGAGCAGGAGGCUUAGGUUACAGUAAACUCUGCACCUCCACGCAGAGCCUCAGUGCCUUACCUCCCCCCUCCUCGCCGUACUACCAGCUGGUCCCAGGUCAGAUGCCCAUCCCGGUGCCUGUUCCUACUGUUCCCUCCCUGCCACCAGAGGGCAGCAACGCCAAACAGCAACAACAGAGACAGUACCAGCAACCGCAGCAACUCAACCAACAACUAAAUCAUCAGCAGCAACGUACUCAACUACAGCAACACAACCAGCAACUCCAGAUUCAGCAGCAGCAACAACAUCAGCAGCAACUACAGCAGCAACAUCAGCAGCAACUUCAGCAGCAACUUCAGCAUCAACAAUCACUGCUGCAGCAACCCCAGCAACUGCAACAAGACCAGUAUGCGGAGUUGCUGAACCAGCAGCAGAAACAGAGGCUGUACCAGCAGCACCACCAGGCCACGAUCCAGGCCUCCGCUACCCAGGGAGAGCCCUCCGUUCUGGGCCACGGCGCUCACCUCCAGCCCCAGGUUCCUCCGCCCUGCAGCCAGGACCAGAGCCCGGAGCUGCCGGAGCCGCCGCCCCCGGAGGGAGCGGGGAGCAUGCUGACCCAGAUCAGAUUGGUGAAGCUCAAACGGACCCUCACCAACGAUCGCUCCGCCCCUCUCCUGCCCCCUCCGACCAAUCACAAAUGAUAGUUUUGUUUCCCUGCUGGUUAACUGUGUAGUUUAACGGCACAAAUCAAACUCGCAGACUUCCCGUUCAGACUGCGGACCGAUCAAUCGCUGGAGCUGUGUCUUAUUUUAUUUUCUGCUUCCUUUUAGACCGUUUAGAUUUGUUUUAAACAUUUUUUGUUGUUGUUUCCUGUUGCAGCAGUGACCAUCUUUUGCUCUUUUUUUUUUUUUUUUUUUUUGCAUUUCGAUUGUGGACUUUUGUGCGACCCAGUCUUACAGGUAGAACUGUUGUUUUAGUUACUUCCUGGUCGAAUGAUCGACAGGAAACUGUCUCUUCAGUCCUGGGUGUGCUUGAUUUGCCGGUUCGCCUGGACUCCCAGGAGGGUGGGGUUUAGUGACUCAUCCUGCAGCUCCACUGUGGUUGAGCCACGGUGAGCGGAGGUUUUAACGAGCUGACUGUGGGUCCGUGAGCGUUGAGUGUUUGUUCCCGAUCAUCUCAAAGAGUCAAACUCACGACUCUGGAAUAAACCCGGCUCUGUAGUUAGUUUGUAAAUAUGUGAGAACAAAAACAGCUCUGGGAGCAGCUGGGAGGUCGGAUGUUUUUCUUAACGGCGCGUCGUCAGAGGUCACUUGCUUUCUUUGACCUGUACGGAAAUUUGAACUUUUUCACAAUUUCACCUUCAAACAGCAGCAGUGACUGUUGGGAUGCCAAAUGGUGCCGUUUAGGGCUCCUGUCUGUGGAGACGGAUUAGAAAUGUUCCUGUGUGCGAAUGUGUAAAUAAUUAGUUGCUUAAUGCAACAAAUAAUUAGAAGAAGGCAGUGAUUUGUUGGCAACUUUUAGAGGCAACAUUGAUUUGGAGAAGCAGAUUAGCAACAGCGAGAAGAUUUCAGGCUAAAAUAACGAAACUGUAAAGAAAACUAGCAGCUGCUGGUGACGUGCAGCUCUGUGACCGUUUGACUGCAGUUUUCAGCAAUUACAGGAAACACAUCGCCAUGUUGGAAGAUGUAACUGAACCCUCUGCUACCACAGAAAAUAAACUUUAUAGAUGUAAGUUAAUGAAAAAGAAAAUCAGAGAUUUACACACACAAGAGUUUUGAGGCUUUAAAAUAGGGAUGCACAAUAUUGGAUUGUUUGUUGAUAUCAAUAUAUCCACGAAUACCUGAAAUGAUGUCUGAAAUUUCAUCAGUCAUCAAGUCUCUUCUGUUGUGGAAUUAACAUCAUAUUAACCACACUCUUACGGCCGUGCUAACGACCUCGCCGAUGACGUGCUUAUAUUAUUGUGCAUCCCUACUUAAAGCAGUUUUUUGAUCAGGAACCCUUAAAUUUGGUCUGUAGCUGUUGUGACUUGUACAGAGUUGGCAAAUUAUGUGAUACUGUUUCCAAAUUAAUGCACACACAUUUUGGACAUUUCUCGUCACCUAUUGGUCGCCAUAUGUACGAAAAAAAUGUUAAACUGCUAAUAAAUAACAAGAAUCGUCAGCACAAUAUUGCCGUGUGUUAAUCAGUUUGAGAACAGUGUCUCCAAGACAAAGUUGUCUGUCAGAAAGCACUGAUAAAUGUGUUUUUGCACUAUAAAAUGUCCAGUUUAAUGCAUUUCUUGGUCACAGUUCUUUAAAAAAAAUCUAAGGGUUCCUUAUCAAAAUAUUUAUGUUUUGUUUUUAUUGUACAUAAUAAUACAUAAUAGUCACUUUUUUUAUUGGCCAUAGACGUCCAGUAUCAGUCAGGUCAUAAAUGACCCUGACUGAAAAAAUGUCCAUAGAAACAAGUAAUAAUCAAUGCAUUUUCUUUAUCAGAUGACACAAUUAAUGCUGUUAAAUUUGAUCAUUGUGAUCAUUUAAAAAUGUAAGGGAGCUCAUGUGUCCCUCAACUUUGUUUUCAGGGCUCAUGCUGAUAUUUAUUAUAGAUUUGUCUGCCAAUUAUUUGAUCUUUAUAUUGUUUAAAAUUUAAAAAAAAAAAAAACCAAUUAGACAGAAAAACUCCUAUCAAAUGUUAUUGAAGUUUUAAUUUUAGGAGGAAUUUUUUGUAAAUUUCUAACCUUUUGCUUUAGAAUUUAUAAUUAAUCCACUGCUGAUUAAUUAUCUGAUGAUUGACUAAUUGUUUGAGUUCUGAUUAUUCGUUUUACCAGUUUAAACAGACAUUUUUACUCUUGACGUUACAUCAGAUUAUAGUUUUUUCUGCAGGUAGACAGAGGAAGAGCUUUUAAAUUUACUGUAAAUGAGGUCAGGUUUAAAACUCGGUACUUUAAAAGGUACUGACUGAAUUAUUUUGGUACUUCAGAUUCUCGUUUUGCACGGAGUUGGAUCAUAACAUUACUAAACAACAAAACAGAGUUAAGUAUCAAAGAAAAGGUACUGUUCGGUACUGGUACCAGUUUAAAUAUGACCGGUUCCCAACAGCUGUCAGUCCUCCAACAUGGCGAUGUUUCUUAACUUUUAGAAAAACAAACCUGUAUUUCAGGUCUCUGAUUUACCCUUCAAAUGCAGAAAUGUUAGUUUUCCUGUUAAAAAAGUUCACAUUAAAAGAACUUGAGUGUCUUUUUGCUUCUGCACAUACAGAUCUCAUAUGUUUAAUAAAGACAAUGCUAGAU